AUGGUAUUAGCAGAUUUAGGAGCACGAUUGAGAGGCGCGCUCUCUCUGGUCGAAUCAGGAUCAGAUGACGAGAUCCAGCAAAUGAUCAAAGACAUUUGUGGAGCCUUACUUGAAUCAGAUGUCAAUAUCAAGUUAGUGGCCAAAUUAAGAGACAACAUCAGAUCACAGAUUGCCAGUUCCAAUAUCGCCCAGGAGGCAUCACCCAUGAACAAGAGAAAGAAAUUGCAAAAAGUGAUUUAUGAUGAAUUGUGUGGAUUGGUUGACUCCCAUGUCGAACCACCAAAACCAAAGAAAAUCAACGCCAGCACCAAAACAAUCAAGGGGAAAAAAGUGAAGUUACUGAAGGAGUCCAGUCACGUCAUCAUGUUUGUUGGGCUACAAGGUGCCGGUAAAACCACUUCGUGUACUAAGCUUGCCGUAUACUACAAAAAGCGAGGAUUCACCGUGGGGUUAGUCUGUGCCGACACCUUCAGAGCCGGUGCGUUCGAUCAAUUGAAACAAAAUGCCAUCAAGGCCAACAUUCCGUACUAUGGUUCAUACUUGGAACCUGAUCCAGUCAAGAUCGCAUUUGAAGGUGUAUCCAAAUUCAAACAAGAGAAAUUUGAUAUUAUUAUCGUCGAUACCUCCGGUAGACACAGACAAGAACAGCAGUUGUUUACGGAAAUGGUGCAAAUUGGUGAUGCCAUCCAACCUACACAAACCAUCAUGGUUAUGGACGGUAGCAUCGGUCAAGCGGCCGAAUCACAAGCUCGUGCGUUCAAGGAAAGUUCUAAUUUCGGGUCGAUUAUCUUGACCAAGAUGGACGGCCAUGCCAAAGGUGGGGGUGCCAUUUCUGCCGUGGCCGCCACCAAGACCCCCAUUGUAUUUAUCGGUACUGGGGAACACAUUGGUGAUUUGGAAGUGUUUAAGCCAACCACUUUUAUCUCCAAAUUGUUGGGCAUUGGCGACAUUCAGUCAUUGAUUGAACAUGUGCAAUCGUUGAACUUGCAAAAUGACGAAGGUCACAAACAAACGAUUGAAAAUAUCAAAGAAGGGAAAUUCACCCUUAAGGAUUUCCAAACUCAAAUGAACAAUUUCUUGAAGAUGGGCCCACUUACAAACAUUGCCUCGAUGAUCCCGGGGUUGGGUAACAUCAUGUCACAAGUCGGCGAAGAAGAAACAUCAAAGAAGAUCAAGAACAUGAUAUACAUCAUGGACUCCAUGACCCAGAAGGAACUUGAAUCUGAUGGAAGGAUAUUCAUUGACCAACCUAGUCGUAUAAUCCGUCUUGCCAAAGGGUCAGGGUGUUCUGCCAUAGAAGUUGAAAUGAUUUUGCAACAGCAUAGAAUGAUGUCCACCAUGGCCAAAUCAGCCAUGGCCGCCCAAGGAGCCCCUGGUGCUGGUGGUGCACCAGGUAUGAACCCACAAAUGGCAAGAAUGAUGCAACAAGCACAAUCCAAUCCUAACUUCAUGGAACAAGCCAUGAAGAUGAUGGGUGGUGCCGGUGCCGGUGCCGGAGGUGCUGGAGGGCCAGGCGGAUUAGCUGGAAUGAUGAAUAACCCCCAAAUGAUGCAACAGGCACAAGAGAUGAUGAGACUGAACCCACAAAUGAUGCAACAAGCUCAACAGAUGAUGAAGAACCCCGGUAUGAUGCAAAGAAUGAUGCAACAGUUUGGUGGCAUGGGUGGCAUGGGGAUGUAG